CAUCAGAGGCUCAACCCUGCAUCUGAACUCAGCUGUGUGUCCUUAAAAAGUCACUGGUCAGCAGAUCGUCCCAUUAAUUUUAAAGUCCAGCAGGCGUCUGCUGCAGAGAGGAUCCAUGAAAGAUUACACUCACCUGAACCCGAUCUCAGUGGUGUGUCCUUUAAGAGUGAUUGGUCUAUGGAUCCACCAGUAAACUUUAAAAAAUGGGGGAUUUCAAAGACAAAUAAAAUAAGCAAACUGGAGUCUGCUGAACAUGAUCCCAACUCCGUGUCUGUGAAGAGUAAUCAGUCCAUGGAGCAGCCACUAGAAAUGGAAAGUGCAUCAGGCUUAAGACCAAGGAAACGAAGGAGAGUGGAACAGGAGAGCUCAGACGUUGCCUGUGGUCAGUCUGCCCAGCAGAACCAAAAACACGACUCCAUAUUCAUGCUGCUGGAGGAAAACAUCAUCACUUUUGUGAAAAACGAGCUAAAGAAGAUUCAAAAGGUUCUGAGUCCAGAUUACCCAGAAUGCUUAAACAGUCAGAGGGAGGAUGAUGAGAUGUUGGAGGGUAAAGAUGAAGAGCAGAAGAGAGGCAUCAGCAACAGAGAGGCAUUUGUGAAUAUCACGCUGAAUUUCCUAAAGAGAAUGAAGCAGGGGGAGCUGUCUGACCGUCUGCAGAGCAGAACUCCUUUUGGAGUUCUCCAGCAUCACCUCAAGUCUUUCUUGAAAAAGAAGUUCCAGUGUGUGUUUGAGGGGAUCGCUAAAGCAGGAAACCCAACUCUUCUGAAUCAGAUCUACACAGAGCUCUACAUCACAGAGGGAGGGACUGCAGAGGUCAAUGAUGAACAUGAGGUCAGACAGAUUGAAACAGCAUCCAGGAAACCAGACAGACCAGAAACAACCAUCACACAAGAAGACAUCUUUAAAGCCUCACCUGGAAGAGAUGAACCAAUCAGAACAGUGCUGACAAAGGGAGUGGCUGGCAUUGGGAAAACAGUCUUAACACAGAAAUACACCCUGGACUGGGCUGAAGACAAAGCCAACCAGGACAUCCAGUUCAUAUUUCCAUUCACUUUCAGAGAGCUGAAUGUGCUGAAAGAGGAAAAGUUCAGCUUGGUGGGACUUGUUCAUCACUUCUUUACUGAAACCAAAGGAGCAGGAAUCUGCAGCUUUGAAGACUUCCAGGUUGUGUUCAUCUUUGAUGGUUUGGAUGAGUGUCGACUUCCUCUGGACUUCCACAAAACUAAAAUCCUAACUGACCCUAGAAAGUCCACCUCAGUGGAUGUGCUGCUGACAAACCUCAUCAGGGGGAACCUGCUUCCCUCUGCUCGCCUCUGGAUAACCACACGACCUGCAGCAGCCAAUCAGAUCCCUGCACUGUAUUUUGACAUGGUGACGGAGGUCAGAGGGUUCACUGACCCACAGAAGGAGGAGUACUUCAGGAAGAGAUUCAAAGAUGAGAAGCAGGCCAGCAGGAUCAUCUCCCACAUCAAGACAUCACGAAGCCUCCACAUCAUGUGCCACAUCCCAGUCUUCUGCUGGAUCACUGCUACAGUUCUGGAGGAUGUGCUGGAAACCAGAGAGGGAGGACAGCUGCCCAAGACCCUGACUGAGAUGUACAUCCACUUCCUGGUGGUUCAGGAAAAGAUAAAGAAGGUCAAGUAUGAUGGAGGAGCUGAGACAGAUCCACACUGGAGUCCAGAGAGCAGGGAGAUGAUUGAGUCUCUGGGAAAACUGGCAUUUGAUCAGCUUCAGAAAGGAAACCUGAUCUUCUAUGAAUCAGACCUGACAGAGUGUGGCAUCGAUAUCACAGCAGCCUCAGUGUACUCAGGAGUGUUCACACAGAUCUUUAAAGAGGAGAGAGGACUGUACCAGGACAAGGUGUUCUGCUUCAUCCAUCUGAGUGUUCAGGAGUUUCUGGCUGCUCUUCAUGUCCAUCUGACCUUCAUCAACUCUGGACUCAAUCUGCUGGAAGAUCAAACAACCUCCUGGUGGUCGAAAUUAAUUAGCAAACCAAACCUACAAUCUCUCCACCACUGUGCUGUGAACAAAGCCUUAGAGAAUCUGAAUCUGCUGCCAGUGGUCAAAGCCUCCAACAAAGCUCUGCUAAGUGCCUCCAACCUCUCAGAGACAAGCUGUGAAGCUCUAUCCUCAGUUCUCGGGACUCAGACCUCUAGUCUUAGAGAGCUGGACCUGAGUAACAACAGUCUGCAGGAUUCAGGAGUGAAGCUUCUGUCUGCUGGACUGGAGAGUCCAGAUUGUAUACUGGAAACACUGAGACUGAGUCUAUGUAACUUAUCAGAGAGAAGCUGUGAAACUCUGGCCCUAGUUAUCACCACCCAGUUCUCUAGGCUGAGAGUGCUGGACCUGAGUAACAACGAUCUGCAGGAUUCUGGAGCAAAGCUUGUGUCAGCUGGCGUAAGAGGUCCAAACUGCAAACUUCAAACUCUCAGUCUGUCAGGCUGUCUGAUCACAGAGGAAGGCUGUACUUCUCUGGCCUCAGCUCUGAACCCCAAUGCCUCCCAUCUGAGAGAGCUGGACCUGAGCUACAAUCAUCCAGGAGACGUAGGAAUUACACUACUGUUAACUGGACUGAACGAUCCAUGCUGGAGACUGGACACUCUCAGGGUGGAGCCUUCUGGAGUCCAAUGGAUGAGACCAGGUCUGAGGAAGUAUUCCUGUCAACUCACUAUCGACACAAACACAGUACACAGAGAACUCAAACUGUCUGACAACAACAGGAAGGUGACACGUGUGUGGGAGGUUCAGCCAUAUCCUGAUCAUCCAGACAGAUUUGAUGGUUGUCCUCAGCUGCUGUGUAGAAAUGGUCUGACUGGUCGCUGUUACUGGGAGGUCGAGUGGAGAGGAAAUGUUUAUAUAUCAGUGAGUUACAGAAGAAUCAGAAGGAAAGGAAACAGUGGCACUGAGUUUGGACGGAAUGAUCAGUCCUGGAGUCUGAUCUGCUCAGAUGAUGGUCCUCAUUCUGUCCUUCACAAUAACAGACAAACAUCCAUCUCCUCCUCUGUCUCUAACAGAGCAGCAGUGUAUCUGGACUGUCCUGCUGGCACUCUGUCCUUCUACAGUGUCUCCUCUGACACUCUGAUUCACAUCCACACUUUCAACACCACAUCCACUGAAAGUCUUUAUCCUGGAUUUAGGCUAUUUUAUGAUUCCUCAGUGUCCCUGAGCUAAGUUGAGUGUAAAGAGUUUCCUCCUGUUUGAGAAACACUGUUGAACAGAUAGUUCAGUCUGUACAUGUCUGUCUCUUUCACUUAGAAACACGUUUUCAGAUUCAUGGAUUCAAUCAGUUGAUGUUUUAAACUGUUGUAAAUGAUUCAUUGUAAACUUCUCCCUCUUCUUCCAGGAUCCACAUGUUGUUUUUCUGUCUUUUUCCACUCAAAGCUUCACAGUGAAUAUAAGUAUGUUGUUUCCCCGAAGCUCAGUUCAUAACCUGCUCUUCUGCAUUUUCAACAAGUCUGAGCUCAUUAAAAUGGAUACAAAUGUUUGAUUUCUCUUUCUUAA